AUGGAAGAUACAAAGAUGAAAGGAGUAGAACGAUUCGCAAUGAAGACACCAGACGCGCCAACAAUGCUAAUUGUCAGUCAGAUUAGUUUGAUGUUCAUUAGUUCCUUGUCAGUUAUCUGCUUUGUUGUCAUGGAAAGAGGCGUCAAACUUGAAUUUAAAUGGAAGUAUGGGGCGUGGUCAUCUUGCCAAUCAAGCAAUUGCGGAAGCGGGGGCAGCCAGUGGCGAUUUCUAAUUUGCUACCAAAGAGAUCAAAAACAUAGACCUUAUAAUUUCACUGAUAUCAUUAGUGAUGAAUUGUCAAUGGAAAAAAACGAUUUUACCAAAGAUAUAAUACAACAGAGCAGCACAAAGAACCGCUACAAUAUCAAUUACAAUAACAAAACAUCCCUUAAUGACGUCAUUGUGAACAACUUCGUCUACAAACAAGUUCGGCCCUGCUUUAAGUUAUGCCCUCAGCAUCGUCUCUCCUACAAAUGGCAAACGACCCAAUGGACGAGGUGCUAUUUCGGCUCGGAGUUGAAUAAAAAAUUGAAAGAGCGAUCGAAAACAGCAGCCGCAGCAGCUUCAUCAGCCUCACACCUCUAUGGACUUCAAUUUAGAUUAGUUACAUGCAGAAAAAACAAUUGCUGUUUAGAAUUCAAUAGCGUUAGUAAUAGCAGUGGCAAUAAUGCUGUUGGUAAUAAUACUACUAGUAGUAAUCGUAAUAAUAGUAUUCAUGACGUCAUUUCCGGCUCAGACGAUGUGAGCGAUCUGAUUGGUCCGCAGUUUGUUUGCAGUACUUUCAAUGCCAAACCACCAAACGUUAGAGUCUGCAAUCCGUUCGAUGAUGAAGAUGACGAUGAUGAAGAGGAUAAAAAUGAUGAUGAUGAUAAUAAUAGUAAUAAUAAUGAUGAUGAUAAUAAUAAUAAUAAUAAAAUCGACGAUCGUGACAUUUAUUACGGAAAGAAAGAGUUAAUUAAUCCGAAGUUAGGUCAAAGUCGUUACGGAGACCAUGAACUAAAAACAUGCGCAGUCAGCGAAUUUACUGUCCCCACAAGCUGUCAAUCAUGUUGGGCUAAAUAUAGCUACUCUUACAGAACAGUUUUCAUUGGUCCGAAAAAUAUAGGUCGACAGUGCAAUGAUCUCCAGCUCAGCCAAUCAAAACCGUGCCCUAAAAAACCAACCGAGUGUAGCGAGAAUAGUCUUAGAAAUUUUAAAUAUAAAAUUGGGGCGUGGUCUAACUGUGUGACGUCAACGCAAGCUCAAAAUUUGAUUGGUCAGAGAAGAAGGUCAAUCUUCUGCAUUCAAGCCAAUGGAAGCGUAGUUAAUAAAAGUUUCUGCUCUCAUCUCCGAAAACCCCCGGCCAAUGAAAUCUGCCGUCCAAACGACGUUAACCAAUCAGAGAGGAGGUCGCUGACCUUUAAAGAUGAUUACGUCAGGCAGUGGACGACCUAUGAGCAGUCGGAUCAUUACGUCAUCAAAAAGAUGACGGAUGCUGUUGAUGAUGAUGGUGAAGAUGACGAAGAUGAUAAGAUUAGUUAUAGAUGGCUGGUUGGAACUUGGGGCGCUUGUGACGUAAAUACACCUUGCUCCAGUGGGACUAAAAAUAGAACAGUUUUAUGUGUCAGACUCAAAGACCUAGCCCCCGUACAUAUAGACCACUGUUCAUCAUUGGAUGCACCCAGCAUUGCAACUCCCUGCCAAUCAAAAUGCCGCCCAGUCUGCCGCGUUUCUCAUUGGUCAGCUUGGAGUAGCUGCUUGCCUCCCAGUUGCCGAUUGGUUAAGAAUAGAACGAAAGAUGGAUACAGAAGAAGAACGAGAUAUAUAAUAUCUGGCGACAAGGACCAAUGCUACCAGCACCAUCUUCAAGAAAUCCAACCAUGCACCCAUCUACCUUGCUACACUUGGAGCAGCAGUAGUAGCAGUAGCGGCAGCAGCAGUAGCAGCAUUAGUAGUGACAAUCUUAAAAGCAAUCUAAUUAAAAAUAAUAGCAGUAGUAAAAAUAAAUCUUCAAACAAAAAUUUCAAAGCCACACUUGUUCCCAGCAGUCACAACAACAACAUCAACAACAACAACAUCAACAACAACAACAACAACAACAUCAUCAACAACAACAACAACAUCAACAACAACAACAAUGGAUGUUCAUUGAAGUACAAAGAUAUGCAGUGCGGUGAGGGUAUGGUGAACAUUACGUGGACUUGUGUUGAUAUUUGGCAGAAUCCGGUUUCGCCAAGGUCCUGUCAGGAACCCCGUCCCAUUUCAGCACAUCCCUGCCACGUGCCCUGCCCCAACGAUUGCGUUACUUCCGCUUGGAGUGGGUGGUCGCGCUGUUCACUAAUUUACACUAAUCUGGGGAGGGCGAAAAUGCAAAGAUGGCGGGAGAGAAGAAGGGAUGUGCUGUCUGUUGCUGGGGACGAUGGCUUGCCCUGUCCACCUAAUCAUCUAUUGGUCGAGAGGGAACAAUGUCUCCACCAAUCACCGACCUACCAUUAUUACAUGAAGCUUUCUGAUUGGUCGGCCUGUAGAUUACCGGAGCAUCACGGUGGCCAUUGUGGUAUCGGUCAGCAGCUUCGAACUGUCCAAUGCAUUAAGAGUCCAUCUAAAGAGAUCGUCCCAAUGAAAAAAUGCCUGGGAUUGGACGAAGCAGUUCCGUCGACCAAUAGAAGUUGUCGAGUUCGCUGCCCUAGUUCCUGUGUGGUCAGCCAGUUCACUGAUUGGUCCACUUGCUCGAUGACGUGUAUUUCCGAUUUCAUAGAAGAACUAUGCUUCAUUCCUUGUCCUAGAGACUGCAAAAUGGGCCAGUGGUCUGAUUGGACGGUUGAAAGGAGGUCAAGGUCAGACGAGGAUGACCAGAACCAAUCAGUGGACAGAGAUCUAGUCAGAAGUGACAAAAAUAAAUGCGGGGCAAGGGUGAAGGUCAGAUACCGUCACGUGAUCGAGGAGGCCCUGGAUGGAGGAAGGGAGUGUCCGAAGGGGGUAGUCGAUGGAGUGGAGGUUCAGACGCAGAUAUCGUACUUAAGUUGCAGUCGCUAUGUCUGGAUGUUUGGUCCAUGGAGCCCCUGCAUUAUAUCAACAGUCAACAGCAAUAAUAAUAAUAAUAAUAAUAUAAAUAAUAAUAAUAAUAUAAAUAAUAAUAAUAAUAAUAUAAAUAAUAAUAAUAAUAAUAAUAAUGAUAAUAAUGAUAGUAGUAAUAAUAAUAAUAGCGGUCGUCGGGCUUUAUGUAACGAGGGACAUAAGACUCGAGUCGUGAAUGACGAUGACGUCAUCGAUGACGUCACUGAUAACGAGGACCGAGGGAUGUACCAGAAACGACAGAAAAUCUCGAUUCCGAACGAUAAUCCGUCAGCCGGUUCAAGUUUACCGACGGAGAAAAUUUAA